AUGGAUAAACAUGUUCUCCCCACUCACUCCUCAUGCCUACCUUUAUCUUAUAGAUAUCUUGAAAGCUAUACCAUUAUGCCAUUCAAAAUGCGGGAGAGUACUAGCCUAUCCAUGACCAACAAUCAACAACUUGACCUUCCCUGGGGUCAGGAGACUAUUCUUGACCUUGUUUCUGGUCUGCAUCUCAGCCCAGAUUAUAGUGACUUAGAGAUCGUUUGCAGAGAUAAGAUCUUCCCGGCUCAUAAACUACUUGAAACCAAAGAGUCGAUUCGUUUGGACGAGAAAAGCCCAGUCUUAAUUGAGAAGGUGCUAGAAUUUCUGUACACGGGCAAUUACACCCUCGGAUGCCGUACGACUAAAGCGGUAAACCAACCGACCGAUGACGAUGAAGAACCAAGGAUGAAUACAGAUCACACAAGAGAGCCGUUGAUACAUUUUCCGUCAAGGAAGCGUGCCAUAGAUGGGCAUGCGGCAGAAAUGGAGGAGCUCGCCAAUGAAACUGCUGUAGCAGCCGUAGAGAAUACAGCGGAUGGAUUCGUUGAUGGGUUACCGAUGAACGAGAGACUAGCUCCAAAUAACGAAUCCCUCGAGAAAGGUUCAACUGAGAAAGGGGAUAUCGUGGAGCCGGCCGUCGGUAUAUUGGCUGACUGUCAUCCAUGCUACUUCCAUGUGCGCAUGUAUGGCGAAGCGGACUACUUCAAGAUCAACGAUUUGAAAAUCAAAGCAAAGGGAAAAUUUCUUGCAUCUUUGAUGAAACGUAGUGAAAAGGAAUUAUUUUCAGAGAUAGUCGCGGAGCUCUAUUCAACACGAGCCAACUAUGGAAGACUAAGGAAGCUGGCGCUCAAAGUGAUAGUCGAUAACUUGCCGAGCCUUAGAAAAGGAUUCGCCCCGUCAUGGAACGCUCCAAACUACGGUGGUACACUUGCUUGGAGAAUGCAGCUAGGAUAUUCUUCUGGAAGACUUCAUAUCAGUAAGGUACAUUUUUACUAG